UCGGUACACAUAAAUCAGCAGGACAGAGCUGCUCCGUCAUCCACAAACUGCUUAAGUUCAGGAUCACAUCUUCAGUUGAAAAUUUUCUCCAGGACGAUCUCAGAACAACAUGCAUAGUAAAGAUCAGAUCUGCAAUGAGGACUACCAGAAAACAGCAGACUGGCUGCUCUCCCAUACACAACACAGACCUAAAGUGGCCAUCAUCUGUGGCUCUGGACUGGGUAUGCUGGCAGAUGCCCUCAAGUGCCAAGACUUCUUCAAAUAUUCAGACAUCCCCGGCUUUCCUCAAAGCACCGUAAAAGGCCACGCUGGACGUUUGGUUUUUGGGCAGCUUAAAGGGAAGACCUGUGUGUGCAUGCAGGGACGAUUUCACAUGUAUGAAGGACACUCGCUAAGCAAGGUCACUUUUCCAGUAAGAGUGUUCAAACUUCUGGGUGUUGAAACCCUGAUUGUGACUAAUGCUGCUGGAUCAAUAGCGGACAGUUACAGCUGUGGUGAUAUUAUGAUCAUCCGUGACCACAUUAACUUCCCUGGACUAGCUGGAUUGAACCCACUUAAUGGACCGAAUGAUGAUAAAUUUGGUCCACGAUUUCCACCCAUGUCUGGGGUGUAUGACAAAGGCUUACGGAAGAUGGCAUUUGACAUCUGUAAGACCAUGGGCGUCUCUCAGUAUGUCCAGGAGGGUGUGUACUGCAUGGUGGGAGGGCCCAACUUUGAGAGUAUAGCUGAAGCCCGACUUUUACACAGACUGGGGGUGGACGCAGUGGGUAUGAGCACUGCACCAGAAGUGUUGGUUGCCAGUCACUGUGGCAUGAAAGUCUUCGGUCUUUCUCUCAUCACUAACAAAGUUGUGAAAAGCUAUGAGGACAACGAGACUGUCAAUCAUGAAGCCGUGCUCGAAGUGAGCAAAAUGCGCUCAGAGACUCUGCAGACUCUUGUCACCGAGCUCAUCAGUCACAUGGACAUUAACAACAACGACAGUGUAUGAUGUCAUCCACGCUGUUUGUGCCAAUCAAAACCUCAUCCAGAAAACUUGCAGCUAUCAUGAUUACCUUUUUAUUAUAGACGACUGUACAAAACAUCAAUGGAAGAGAUCUAGGCUAUUUAUAUAUUUGGUGCCAUAUUAACAAAGAUUUAAAAUACACUGGGCUGUUUAAUAUGUGUGUACGUAAAACAUUUUUUACAUUUGAUCUUUUUUUGUGUACUGGAAGGUGGAAGGAAAAUGUAUUUUGUUUAUUUACAAUAACAGUAUCAUUUAAAUGUAUGUGGGAAACUUUGCUUGAUACACAGCUUUUUGAAUUUAUCAUGCAAAUUAGUAAAAAUUUAAUAUUUGUUAUUUUGUUAUUAAGUUAAGAUAUUUAUAUCAUUUCAUAAUGCUAUUUACGACCUUGUCUUACAUUUGUUUCUGUUUGUAUUGUACACUGUGGUUAAAUCAACUUACUUUUCUGUAUGACAAAUAAUCGGAUCUGAAAAUGCACCAAUAAACAAUAUAAAAAUAAA